AUGGAAAACGCAGCUGAAAAUGUUAGAAAAUUUGCAGAAGAUGAGAAAAUCGAUGUUGUAUUUAUGAUGGGAAUGGCACCGAAAGCCGAAUCCAUUGAAAGAUUCUUGGGCGUCAUUAACAUUAAGAAUUCAUCACUUUUCACUGCUAUCCUCAAUGCAAUCAACGAAAUGAAAGAUCCAAACUUACAAUUAACACCUAAAGAUGUUGACUUCAUGAGUGGAUUAUUCUACAUGCAAGAAAACAUAAAAGCAAGUCGGAAACAAAUUCUUCCCGUCAUUAAAAAUCUUCUGAAUCGUUUUUAG